GGCCAGACCGUGUCUUGGAUAGCAUUCACUCUGUCGCCCCGUUGCGCUGGAUCUUGCCCUCCCGCAACAAGCCCUGGAGACUGGAGCAGAGUCGGAAGCUGCUUCGGCCGAAGCAACGUCGUCCCGACAUAUUACUUUAACCGCCGGUCCUCGGGGGUGCUCACAGCAUGACUGCCCCGAUCAGCACACCGGUGACCUCGACGGCGAAGGAUGCCGCCUCGGCCAGGAAGCGGCGGAGAAGAGCCCCGGCCGGUGGGGCCGCAGACGACUGCUUUACCUGUGCUAAGCGGAAUGUGAAGUGCGACCGGAGGAGGCCGUACUGCUCGCAGUGCUUGGAGAUCGGCAACGAGUGCUCUGGCUACAAGACGCAGCUGACAUGGGGCGUCGGCGUGGCGAGUCGCGGCAAGCUGCGCGGGCUCUCCCUUCCCAUUGCGAAGGCCCCGCCUGUGAGCUCGAGCAAGACAACGACGGUGAAGUCGCCGACGGCCGCACGGGGCCGGACCGGCUCUGUCGCCUCGACUGGGCAAUGGACGGCGGAGCAGCAGGAUGACAGGGCCAGCAGGGAGGAGACGGAAACAGGCAUCAAGCCGGAAAACGCCAACAAACGGAAUCUAUCGGUAGCGUUGCCACCGCCGGCACCCUUCCACUCGCACUACGACAUGUCACACUUAUCGCCAACCGAGACGGCACCACCAGGCUGGACUCACAUCCCUUUUUCAGCGAGCAUGACGGCAAACGAUAUGCCGAGGUUCGGGCCGGGCCCGCUCCAGAUCCCUGUUUCGUCACCGGCAGACAUGAUGCGGCGGGACAUGAUUCACACACCGAUCGACUCGAUGAGCGACGUCGACUAUAUGUCCCCGCUUGGCCACUCGUUUCCGAGGGAAGAGGUGCCUUCCUACAUCCACAGCCCGGUCGUGUACGAGGGGUUUCCGAGCCACACCUCGCCAGCCCCGCAGAGUCCGGUCACCGCCAUGAUGAUCGAGCACUCCCGGGCGCCAGCUUCGUGUCCCAGUCUUGUCUACACCCCGUCAGAACCCGCCUCUAGCCUCCACUCUCAUAUCUCUCACAUAGACAACCUGGAAGCACAAUACGGCCGGAAACUGCCUCACGACUGUGACGUCUUGGUCCCAGGCACACCUGAUCUAGAGACGUAUAGUUCAAGCGCUCAAUCUCACGGCGCAUUUUGGGCAGCGUCGAGUGCCGACGAGGGGUCAUCAGUAUCCCAGAGCGUUCCGGACAGAAAUCCAGAACCAUGGCCCGGUUCGUUUCCCUCGCAGCCACCCUCACCUGUCCUGCAGGUGAGCUCGGAUCUCAUCACCAAAAUGCCGUUUUUCAUGGACUACUAUGAGAAGACCAUGUGCCCGGGCAUGGUCUUCAUCGACGGCCCCAACAACCCCUUCAGAGAACACAUUCUUCGGCUCGGCACAAGCAGCAGGAGCCUACAGCAUGCCAUCUGUGCACUCGCGGCAUGUAAUCUGAGGAUGAAGAGAAGGCUUAGUCUGGGUCAUCACGGCAGGGAUGCUGGAGAGAGACGAUUAGACAUGAGUCCCAUUGACAGCGCAUCCAACGUUCAACCCAGUGACCAGUCCCUCGCGGAGGAAUACCAGCACCGCAAUCUGGCCGUUCGUCUGCUGAACGAACAGCUGAACGACCCGGAGAAGUCGACGCACGACUCGGUUCUGGCCACAAUAUUAAUAUUAUGUCACUAUCGGAUGGCCGAGUCGGGCGUGGCAAAGUUUCAGACGCAGUUCGCGGGCGUGAAGAAGAUUCUAGGAUUGAGACGGAUGUCGCCGUACCCGCCUUCGAGAGACUCGGCGUGGAUGGAAGCCUUGUUUACCUAUUUUGACGCCAUAUCCGCGAGUGUCAACGACAGGGAACCCCAACUUACCACCUCCUUUUACGGCGUCCCGCCGGACGCGCACCUAUUGCCACCAGGCGCCGAGAACUUGGUCGGCUGUGACCGGGACCUCUUCAAGACCAUCAGCAAGCUCGGCCGGCUAAAUCUCCUAUCCCAACACCGCCCAGUACAGCAUAUUCUCACCUCGUCUCCACUACCUCGCGUCAGCGCGUCCUCUCGAUCAGCAUCACCUCUCAACGCGGCGUUCAAACCGCCUUCUUUACUCAACGGGCAAGACCCUCAUCACCACAGCAUAUUCGGCGGCCCACCGCACCCCAUCAACAGCAGCGUCCGAUUCGACGGCAGUGGUUUCGGCUCGACGACCUUCGAAGACGACGAGAUGCUUAGUCCCACACACCUCCACUCGCCGACACCUUACGACGAUCCCCGCACCAUGUUCUGGCGCGAAUGGAAGGAAGCCCGCCUGGCACUCCAAUCCUGGGAGUUCGACUCGGCCCGUGUCCGCGCCUCGCUCACCGCCCGCUCACCGCCAACCUCGCCGACAUCGCCGUCCCCGGUCCCGAUAUCAAACUCCGUACCCACGAGCGCUCAAGUCCGCGACCUCAGCUCGUUAAGCGAAGCCUUCCGCUACGCCGCGCUGCUCUACACCGAACGCCUCGCCAGUCCCAACGUGCCGUCCAACCACAACAACUUCCGGAACCUGGUCAGCCAAGUGGUCUACUACGCUACCAGCCUCGAGUCGGGCAGCGCGGCAGAGAAGUUCCUGCUCUGGCCCCUGUUUGUGGCGGGGAGCGAGUGCGUGAACGAGCUGCAGCAGAACAUUGUGCGGUCCAAGUGCAGGGAGAUCAUGGCCCGGAGCGGGUACAUGAACAACCUGGCUGCGCUCGAGGUUCUGGAGAGGUUGUGGGCCGGUGAAGGGUGGAAGGAGGAUACGAUGAGGAGUUCUCAUCAUCAGGGAAGGAUGCUUGGGAGCGAAAAGGGAGGGCCGUUCAACUGGAUGAGGUGCAUUGGAGGACCCGGGGUGGAGGUUGAGUGGAUUAUGUUUUGAUGAUGAUAAUGAUGAUGAUGGGCUAAUGAAGGGAAUGAAUGGGGCAGGGAAUAGACGACUGGGAUGCUGGUCGAAUGGGGAGCGGUUUAUAAACGGCGCCUUUGGAGAGCGCGUACUCUCUCUGUUGGUUGGGUUUUGUCGUUGAAGAGUAGGAGCGGAGCGGGAUCUCUGUCAUGG